CAGGGUGGUGGAAGGAAGGAAGAGAAUUUGCAUUUACGGAACUCAGGAAAGGGAAGUGUCUCUGGUGUCUCACCCAGAUCACACAGCCUCUGUAAGAGGCACAGGCAGAACUGGAACUGAAAUUCGGCCGGCUCCCAGGUCCGGCCCACCCUCCCCGACCUUGGCUUCUGGAACCAGAGUCACUCUCUGGACUUGGGCUUGGCAGGGAACAGGCAGAGCGGCAGGGCCGUGUGGGGUCUGGUGAGACUCGCAUCUGGUCUGAAAGGUCGCAGGGCCUCUGCUGUCGGGCGUCCUUCAGGGAGAGCAGAGCAAGGCCCCGGAGGGGGUGUUCCCCUUCCUGUAAGGCCUCUCGUGAGGAACCCAUGAUGGGGACCACAGAGCCUGGGCCAUGUCACACCCUGUGCAUGUGUCUGUCCUGUGGACUCUGAGGACUUUUAAGCUGUCUGCACCGCUGGGACCAUGGGAGGCAGCAUCAGGACCCAGACCCUCACCGCCCUUCUGUGUCUCGGGCUGUGUUGGGGUCCGUGGGACCAGGUACAGGCAAGGUACCUUCCCAAACCCUCCAUCAGGGCUGAGCCCAGCCCCAAUGUCACCAGGGGGACCCCUGUGACCAUCUGGUGUCAGGCAUCUCUGCAGGCUGAUGUCUACUAUCUGUAUAAAGAGACGGCCUCUGAACCCACGUCCAUGGAGAUCUCACAGGAGUCCAGCGACAAGGCCAAUUUCUACCUUGGAUUCAUGAGUCCGCACAAUGCAGGGCGAUACCAGUGUCAAUAUCACAGCAGGAACGGCUGGUCACAGCGGAGUGACCUCCUGCCCCUGGUGGUGACAGGAGUGUACAACCCACCCUCCCUCUCAGCCAUCCCAGGCCCUGUGGUGGCCUCAGGAGGGAACGUGUCCCUCUCCUGUAGCUCACCAUAUCCAUGGCAAACCUUCCGUCUGCUGAAGGAGGGGGGAGCUGACGCGCCCCGACACCUGGAAUUGAAGUUCCCUCGUGAGAAGAGGCAGGCACUGUUCCCUGUGGGCCCCGUGAGCACCUCCCAUGGGGGGACCUACAGGUGCUACGUUUCUCCAGCUUCCUACCCGUAUGUGUGGUCACUCCCCAGUGACCCUCUGCACCUUCAGGUCACAGGCGCCUACAGGGAGCCCACCCUCUCAGCCCAGCCGGGCUCGCUGGUGCAGCCUGGAGACAACCUGACCCUCCAGUGUCAUUCAGAAGCCGGAUUUGACACAUUCGCUCUGAUGAAGGAUGAGGGGCUCACACCUCCUAUGCGUCUAGAUGGGCAGCCCAGCCCCAACUUCUCCCUGGGCUGUGUGACCCCCACCCACGGGGGCCAGUACAGAUGUUAUGGUGGACACAACCUCUCCUCCACAUGGUCUGUCCCGAGUGCCCCCUUGGACAUCCUGAUCACAAGCCUGUACAGGAAACCGUCCCUCUCGGCCCAGCCGGGGCCCUCAGUGUCCUGGGGAGAGAAUGUGACCCUGCAGUGUCGCUCGGAAAUCUGGCUCGACACCUUCUACCUGUCCAAGGAGGGGUCACCUGCUCCUCCCCAGCACAUUCAUCUGCAGGACACAACUGCACCUUCUCAGGUCAACUUCAACAUGAGUCCUGUGACCUCAGACCAAGAGGGAACCUACAGGUGCUACGCCUCAUCCAGCACCUCCCCCUACCUGUUGUCACACCCCAGUGACCCCCUGGAGCUGCUGGUCUCAGCUGACGCCAUCCUCCCAUCACAGGACAAGUCAGACCCCAACAGUGACUCCCACUCCAAAGAUUACACAGUGGAGAAUCUCAUCCGCAUGGGCAUGGCUGGCUUGAUUCUGGUGGUCCUUGGGAUUCUACUAUUUCGGGAUCACUCCAGUCAGAGGAGAAUCCAAGAUGAGGCCAGGAGGUAAACACAAGAGACAACAAUGCCAACAGUUAGUGUGCCCGGGAAUUUCUGCAAUAGUAUGUGGGCCCUGUGCCGUGUGAACUCCUCACUCGUCAUUGUGAGGAGGAGGACUCAUGGCUCAUGUACAGGGAAAAUGCCUGGACUGUUCUGCCAUUAAACUGUGGACUCUCCUUCCCAACCAUG